UUAUAUCUUAAGUUGAUUGACUUAUCUAUCGUUGACGAACCUCGUGUAUAUGAUAUAAUCUUGAGAUCUAACAAGGAUAAGCAAGCAUAAGGAACCACUGAAGCAGCAUUUAGUACUCAUCCACCAAACAAACAAACAGUAGGUACCAGAUGAACAAGCUAAUAGCGAAGCUGUUCAAACGAGGAGCAAAGGAGAAACCAGCCUCUUUCGUUUUGAAAGUUGUUAUGCACUGUGAUGGAUGCGCCAAAAAGAUAGAACGAAUGGUUCUUAAAUUCGACGGUGUAGAGAGCGUUGAAUCUGACUGCUCUAGUAAUACAUUGAAGGUUAUUGGAAAAGCGGACCCCGACAAGGUGCGAGAUAAACUAGAGCAAAAAUCUAAGAGGAAGGUUGUGCUUUCCAUGGAAAAUAAACUUUAUGAAGUGUUCUUAAGUUUUAGAGGAAAAGAUACUCGUGCAUCAUUCACUUCACAUCUCUAUGCUUCACUUCAAAAUGCUGGAAUUAAUGUUUUUAGGGAUGAUGAUUCGCUUCAAAGAGGAGAUCAAAUAUCAUCAUUACUUCAAUUGAUUGAAGAGUCUCGAAUUUCUGUGAUUGUUUUUUCAAGAAAUUAUGCAGAUUCGCGAUGGUGUCUAGAUGAGUUAGUAAAGAUAAUGGAGUGUCAGCGAACCAUAGGGCAGAUAGUUGUGCCAGUGUUCUACGAUGUAGAUCCCUCUGAAGUACGUCACCAGAAAGGCGAGUUUGGUAAAGCAUUUCAAAAUCUCUUAAAUAGAAUUUCAAAGGAUGAAGAUGAGUCCCUUUCAGAGGAAGAGAAAGAUGAGUUGCUGCAUUGUAAGUUGAGCUGGAUAGAGGCGCUUCGAGGGGCGACUAACAUUGCAGGAUUUGUAGUCCUAGAUUCCAAGAAUGAAAAUAAGGCCAUCAAGGAUAUUGUUGAAAAAAUUACUCAUUUGCUUGAUAAGACAGAUUUGUUCAUUGCUGAUAAACCUGUGGGAGUUGGUUCUCGAGUGCAAGAUGUUAUUGAACUGUUAGACAUCCAACAAUCAAAUGAUGUACUGCUACUUGGGAUGUGGGGUAUGGGGGGGAUUGGUAAAACAACCAUUGCAAAAGCUAUCUAUAAUGAAAUUGGCCGUAAUUUUGAAGGUAGGAGCUUCCUUGCAAAUGUUAGGGAAGUUUGGGAUGAGAAUGCUGGAAAAGUGAAUUUACAAGAACAACUUCUCUUUGACAUCUGUAAAGAUAUGACAAUCAAAAUACAAAGCAUUGAAAGUGGAAAAAUCAUAUUAAAGGAUAGACUCUGCCGUAAAAGAGUACUAAUUUUACUUGAUGAUGUUAAUACAUUGGACCAACUAAAUGCUUUGUGCGGAAGUCAUAAAUGGUUUGGUCCGGGGAGUAGAAUAAUCAUUACCACAAGGGAUAAACAUAUACUUAGUGGGAAUAGGGUUAAUAAAGUAUUUAAAAUGAAACACAUGGUUGAAAGUGAAUCAAUUGAGCUAUUUAGUUGGCAUGCAUUCAAGCAAGCGAGUCCUACAAACGAUUUUGUUGAAAUUUCUAGAAAUGUAGUUGAGUAUUCUGGGGGGUUGCCACUAGCAUUGGAAGUCCUUGGGUCAUAUUUAUUCGAUAGGGAGGUAACAGAAUGGAAAAGUGCAUUGGACAAACUCAAAAGAAUUCCUAAUAAUCAAUUACAGAAGAAGUUAAGAAUAAGCUAUGAUGCUUUAAAUGAUGACAUUGAGAAAGAAAUAUUCCUUGAUGUAGCUUGUUUCUUUAUUGGGAUGGACCGAAAUGACGUUACACUUAUAUUAAAUGGAUGUGGACUUUUUGCUGAAAUUGGAAUAAGUAUCCUUGUUGAGCGUAGUCUUGUAACUGUUGAUGAUAAGAACAAACUUGGAAUGCAUGAUUUGUUGCGAGAUAUGGGAAGAGAAAUCAUUCGUGAGAAAUCACCAGAGGAGCUCGAGGAGCGUUGCAGGUUGUGGUUUCAUGAUGAUGUGCUUCAUGUAUUAUCAGAACAAACUGGAACAAAAGCUAUUAAGGGGCUGACUUUGAAGUUCCCAAGAGCCAAUGAAAAAUGUUUUAGUACUAAAGCAUUCAAGAAGAUGACGAGACUCAGAUUGCUUCAACUUGCUGGGGUUAAACUUGAUGGAGAUUUUGAAUAUCUUUCGAGAAAUCUGAGAUGGCUGUCUUGGAAUGGAUUUUCUUUAACACAUAUACCUACAAACUUUUACAAAGGAAGCUUGGUUUCCAUCGAGUUAGAGAAUAGCAAUGUCAAACUUUUAUGGAAAGAGGCCCAGAGGAUGGAAAAACUGAAAAUUCUAAAUCUUAGUCAUUCUCAUUGUCUGACACACACCCCAGACUUUUCAUACAUGCCUAAUCUUGAGAAGCUGGUACUUAAAGAUUGUCCAAUGUUGUCUGAGGUUUCUCCUAGCAUUGGAAAUCUCAGUGAAAUUCUUCUAAUAGAUUUGGAAGAUUGUGUUAGCCUUCGUAGCCUUCCAGGAAGCAUCUAUAAGUUGAAAUCUCUGAAAACUCUCAUUCUUUCUGGGUGUAUAAUGAUUGACGAGUUGGAAGAGGACAUAGAACAAAUGGAAUCAUUAACCAUUCUGCUUGCAAAUAACACUGGAAUAAAAAGAGUACCCUUUUCAGUAGUAAGGUCAAAAAGCAUUGGAUACAUUUCUCUAUGUGGCCAUGAAGGAUUUUCACGUGAUGUGUUUCCGUCUAUCAUCUGGUCUUGGUUGUCACCAACAAAUAAUCUCUCAUCCCUAGUUCAAACAUCUAAUGUCAUGUCAUCCCUUGUUUCUGUAGAUGUACCAAAUAGUAGUUCCCAUGAACUAUUAUCGAUUUCCAAGUACCUUCCAAGUCUUCGAAGUCUUUGGGUGGAGUGCAGCUCAGAACUUCAACUUUCUCAUGAUGCUGCAAUAAUUUUGGAUGCCUUAUAUGCCACAGAUUAUAAGGGGUUUGAAUCAAUUGCAAUUACAUCACAGGUAUCAAAUAUGACUACUUCUACAUCACAAGUAUCAGAACAUUCCUUCAAGUCUCUUUUAAUUCAAAUGGGAACGAAUUGCCAAGUCACCAAUAUUUUGAAAGAGAAAAUUGUACAGAAUAUGGAUCUCAAUGGGAGCGGUGAUUGUUUGCUUCCCACUGAUGGUUAUCCAGAUUGGUUAACCUUUCAUUCUGAAGGUUCUUCGGUAACUUUUCAAGUUCCCCAAGUGGAAGGCCGUAGCUUGAAAACAAUGAUGUGCAUUGUCUAUACUUCAACCCCAGCUAACAUGAUAUCAAGUGGCCUUAAAAACAUGUUAGUGAAAAACCACACAAAGGCCACCAUUCAGCUCUAUAAGAGUGAGGCAUUGGUCUCCUUUGAAGAUGAGGAGAGCCAGAGGGUAAUAUCAAGUAUAGAACCUGGUAACAAAGUGGAGGUCAUUGUUGUUUUCGAGAACAGUUUCAUUGUGAAAAAGACAGCAGUUUAUCUGGUAUAUGAUGAACAAAUUGGUGAAAAAGUGGAGCUAUAUGAUGUACCAGAAAGAAAGAAAAUUGAGUGGAAUGAAUCAAAGAAAGAUGGUGCCUGCAAACCUUUUUAUUGCUAACAAUUGUUUUCUAUUUUUUGUUGAAGUUUCUAUACAUGGUAAAUUUGUGUAAUCCUAAAUAGAGGUGAACUAUUGUAAGUUGUUCUGUUACAAUUCUUCCAUGUCAUAUAUAGCUUUUGGCAGUUCACUCUAAUUGUAUUACCGACUGCGAGGAAUGUACAGUUUUGAAAUUUUAUAUGACAUAUCUAUGUUGAACAUA